UUUUAGUUAUUUUUUAUUUAAUUUUUUAUAUUGAUUAUGUGUGGGGACGAGCUCACAGUUACUGGAGCCCAUACACAUCUACAACGUAAAUGCGCCACACACCUUGAGAUAUAAGUUCUAAGGUCUCAGUAUAGUCACAACGUGCGGACUCACAAGAGGUCCUGCCACCAGUAAUUACGCAAAUUAUAAUUUUGCGGGUUUUAUUUUUAUUACACGAUGUUAUUCCUUCACCGUGGAAGUCAAUCGUGAACAUUUGCUAAGUGAUUAAGCGGUGCUAGAAAAAUGUCGGAAACUCAAAACAAAGUGCAAGAUAAUCCAAAAAUUUUAUCGGGUCCCGUGCUACAGAACUCUCCGAAUGCAUUCCUCUCGAAGACACUGUUGGACCGGUAUAGAGAUCUACCGCUGCCGGAAGACAAGGUCCUCGCCACAUACGUAUGGAUCGACGGCUCCGGCGAGCAUGUUCGUUGCAAAGACAGGACUUUGAACUACAUUCCAGAAACUCCUAAAGACCUGCCGAUAUGGAAUUACGACGGCAGCUCUACAGGCCAGACGACAAGCACGAACUCAGACACGCACCUGAAGCCCCAGGCCAUAUACAGGGACCCGUUCCGGCGCGGAAACCACGUGCUUGUCAUGUGCGACACAUACGAUUACAGCAUGCAACCAACAAAGACAAACCACCGUAUUAAAUGCCAAGAAGCGUACGACCGCUGCAGAGACCACGAGCCGUGGUUCGGCAUAGAGCAAGAGUACGUGCUCCUCGACUCUGACCUUAGACCGUUUGGGUGGCCUACAACUGGAAGCCCUCCUGCCCAGGGACCAUAUUAUUGCGGCGUUGGAGCUAACAAGGUCUUCGCGAGGGAUCUCAUUGAAGCCCAUUAUAAAUGCUGUCUGUAUGCUGGAGUGCCGAUCACAGGUACGAACGCUGAGGCGAUGCUCUCGCAGUGGGAGUUCCAAGUCGGGCCCUCCGUUGGCGUGUCAGCUGGAGAUGACCUGUGGAUAGCUCGUUUUAUCCUGCAUCGUCUGGCUGAAGAGUUCGGAGUCAUCGUCACUUUCGACCCCAAACCGGUGUCGGAUUGGAAUGGUUCGGGUGCUCACCACAAUUUCUCGACAAAGAAAAUGCGAGAUGAAGGGGGAAUUACUGAAAUCGAGAGGGCGAUUGAAAAGCUCUCCAAAGUGCACAUGAAGCACAUUAAGGUAUACGACCCUCGCGGCGGCAAGGAUAACGAGCGCCGACUGACAGGACUCCACGAAACCGCUAGCAUUCAUGAUUUUAGUUCGGGUGUUGCUAGCCGCAGUGCCAGUAUAAGAAUACCUCGGCAGGUGGAGGCAGAAAAACGCGGGUACCUCGAGGAUCGGCGCCCGGCUUCGAACUGCGAUCCGUACUCUGUGACCGAUGCACUCAUGCGCACUUGUAUACUUGACGAAUUAUAAUUAAAAAAAAUAAA